UUGACGUGGAGGGGUGAUUGGUUACUGAUCACAGUUUAGGAACUGGCUAUCACGAGACUGGUAUAUAUAUAAAAGAUAUACACAUAAUGCUGAGUGAGUAGAGGGUGGCAUAGUUUACGAAGAUGACUCGUGUUGUUUUAGGGACGUGUGUGACUGUGAUCUUCAUUGCGCUGCUGAAUGGAAUUACUGGACCGGUUGCUGCUCGCCUGACUGCACCUGAAGGAGGAGAUGGGGGCUUCUCGUUUGCCUCAUACUAUGGGGAUCAUAUGGUUUUACAGCAGUCCCCCCAGCAGGCUGUAAUAUGGGGUCACGCUCCCACCAGUGCCAUAGGACAAUCUAUCUCUGCCACUGUGGGCACAUCAGAUCAAGCCUCCUCUACAGUGGUACCUGGACCCAAACCAGAAACAGCUGUUUGGAUAAUCAAGCUGCCUCCCAUGGACAAACAUGGACCAUUCACAAUCACUGUCAAAGCUGGGUCAGCCAAGCUGACCCUUAACGAUGUCCUGUUUGGUGAUGUGUGGGUGUGCUCAGGUCAGAGUAACAUGCAGUUCUCCAUGAUACAGGUGUUAAAUGCAUCAAGGGAAAUUCAGGAGGUGUCCUCUUACCCUGACAUCCGGGUGUUCACUGUGGCUCUGAAAUAUUCUGCUGUACCUUUGUAUGAGCUCCUACAGGUGGAGGAGAAGUGGUCUGCCCCUACAUCAGCUAGCAUUGGAAACAAAGCACCAUUUUCCUACUUCUCUGCUGUGUGCUGGUUAUACGGCAAGUACCUUUACCAGAAACUAGGUUAUCCCAUUGGAUUGGUGGACACUGAUUGGGGUGGAACCCCUGUGGAAGCAUGGUCAUCCCCAGAUGCUCUGGCUAAGUGUGGCCUUGACACCCAACUCCUGUACCGACCAAGGCAACAUUCCAUCACCAAAGUGAGAGGCCCGGAUGACAAGAGCCAGCUGUACAAUGCUAUGAUACACCCCAUCCUCAACAUGACCAUAUAUGGAGCUAUUUGGUACCAAGGUGAAGCAAAUGCUGGCAGACCCAACACUUACAAUUGUACCUUCCCCUCUAUGAUCUCAGACUGGAGAUUGAAAUUCAAUGAAGGCAGUUUGGGAGAAACCAGUAACAAGUUUCCUUUUGGUUUUGUUCAGGUAUAUGGCUUUGUUUUAAUUUCAAACAGUUGUAACGACAGCUCCAUUGUAACGGGCUUCCCUGACAUUCGGCAUCAGACUGCUGACAUGGGCUAUGUGCCCAACCCCCUCUUGGAGAAUGUGUUCAUGUCUGUGGCCAUGGACUUGCCAGAUUUCUCCUCUCCUUAUGGCAGUGUGCACCCUCGUGAUAAGCAGGAUGUCACCCAGAGGUUGGCUUUAUCAGGCCUGUCCUGUGCCUACAACAUACCAGAUAUCAAAUUCCAAGGGCCACUGAUAACGGCCUUCUAUAUCGAUGUGGGCGUCUCUACCCUGGGCUUUGACUAUGAUAACGGAACGUCUGCUAUUGUUGUGAGGAACACGCAGGGAUUUGAGGUCUGCUGCUCAACCAACAACCAAUCAUAUUGCUCCUCAGACGCUGAUCCUCGCUGGAAAGCUGUACCAAUCAUCAAGAGUGAUGUUCGCAGCGUUACGCUGUCUUACAAAAGCUGCGGCCAGGCUUACGUUGUGGGUCUGCGAUAUGCCUGGCGGGAGAGCCCAUGUCCCUUCAAACAGUGUGCUGUCUAUAGUAAAGAAAAUGGCCUCCCUGCACCCCCUUUUGUUAUCAAUGGUUUGAUUGGGUUAAAGGUGAAAACCUGGGGCCAUAUCCAGAAAGCCCUCCUAGAUAAUAAGAUGUAACAGGUACUCUGAAAGCAGAUAAACCUGGCAAUGCUGUGUUCACUCACCUGUCUGUCAACAGUAUUGCAUUGACUCAAAUUAUUUUAUAUAUUAAUGUUUAGAAUUUAGAUAAUGAAGAUUAUUAGUUAAUAAUGGCCAGUUGAGCAGAUUUAGUGUUAAAUCAACUCUACUUGGAUGGCUCAGACUGUUAGCCUCACUUUCAUAUACUUAGCCUUUUUUAAGUUUUUACAUUUUUUCACAGGCAUAACUUUUCAUCUUAAUACUGCAAGAUGUUUAUGUGUUUUGAAACGGCACUAAGUCAGAAUUAUUUUGCAUUACAUUUACAUGUAGUGUAACUUAUGCUUGCCAACAAAAGUAACUGUGACUUGAUAAUUCAUGUUUGAUCGAAGCUAGAAAUCCUGUGAAAUCAACGUUGUUGGACUGACAUGAGUGCAUACCGCAGAUCACAGUGUGCAAGUGGUCGAUUUUCUUGUAAUGACUUCUUAUGGUCUCUGCAUCAAAUUACACAUGAAGGCUGAACUUGUGACAUAAGCCUGAAGUGGUUUUGAAAGGCAGGUGUAUGUGGCAGUUUUGUGAAAAUGACAAAAGACAAAAGGACACAGGAAGUAUUGGGUUCACAACCCAGACUCAAGUAAAUCGCUGAAAGUAACACAGCUGUCAUAUGCCCUUCUCUGUCAGGUUCAACAUUUUAGUAAUUUCUAUACUUACGUUUUCUGAUAUUUUUAAUUAUAGAUUUGUAUGUGAAUAUUUAUAAUGAGGUUGUAUCAAAGGCUCAUGUGAUUUCAUUAUGCAUAUAUUUUUGGACAGAUGGUAAAUUUGGACAUGCACAAUGCAUAAUUUCAUUUCUUGUUGACUGUAUUUCAGUUUUAAUGUUCACUUUGUGAGGGAUACCUUUACAGAUUGAGAGGUGAAAUACAUUUGCUACAUUCCAGUUUAAUGUGAUAAACAUGUGAUAUUAGGGGGCCUUUGCGGCCAAGUGGUUCAUGCAUUAGUGCAGCAUAAUGACAAAAACCUCUCAGCAGUGCAGUCGCUGUGAGUUCAAAUCCAGCUCAAGCUAGAUUUCUUUCUGGUCAUAACAUGGGAAAAUCUGACAGCAACCUGCAGAUGGUGGUGGGCAUCUUCAGGGCCAAGCUCGGUUUCUUUCCACCGUAAUGUUGACUGCCAUUAUAUAAGUGUAUUCUUGAGUAGGCCUACAAGGCAUAAAACAUCGAUCAAAUAACUACUGUUAGGUAAACAAACAUGAUCAGGCAUUGAUGGAUGGUGUGUCACAUUGCUGUGGUGGGGCUGACGUGUGCCUGAUUACAUAUUUGCUUUGUAAUAGUUACUUUCCUUUUUGAGGAUUGUCCCUUGGCGGCAGGCUGUCCUUCAUUUCUGUAUUAAAGAGUAUGGCCUGCAGGAAAUAUUAAGAAAGGAAGUAACCUAUGUAUUACGCAGAUACAGAAUUGACUGAUGCUGUGUGCCCUAGAAUUGAUGGACACCAAUCGAUGUGCUCUAUUGCCACACCUGUGGCCAUCGUGCUAUGGGUGGAUGCCACAUCCAGUGCCUUGUGAGUGGUUACAUCUAGCAUAGGGCCCACUGGGCCACUUUUCUUCUGGUGCAGUAUCCUGUAUGUAUCAUAUAACAUAAACAAACGUGCAUUAUGUACACAUAGGUCAAUGUACAUGUACCUUCAUGUGAUUUACAUAUGCAUGUCAUGUUGAUGGCAGUUAUGUGUUUAUGUGUGCAUGUCAUACAGAGGUUUGGGUGUUUGUCAUUACUAAGGAGUUCUGCUGUCCAAGACAUUAUAAGUAUGCAUGUGUGAGCAGGGGGCUUGCAAGUGUGGGUGUUGAGCAGGGGGCUUGCAAGGUGGGUGUUGAGCAGGGGGCUUGCAAGUGUGGGUGUUGAGCAGGGGGCUUGCAAGUGUGGGUGUUGAG